AGUGAGAGCGGGCGCCGCCGCGCGCCGCGGUUGACACACCAUGAUAUCUGCCUUCGGAGCCCGCUGUGCAGAUCAGCCGCGCUCCCAGACUCUCAGGGCCGCCCCAGCCGCAGCGGCAGAGAUCACAGCGGAGCACCGAAGCUGAGCCGCUGGGCCCCGGAGGGUGUUGGCGGAGCCCUUGCACGCGUGAAAGCUCCUCCGCGCUCGGGGCGGCCGGGCGGCCCCGGGUCCAGCCAGAGGGGCGUUUCGGGGGCGCGGAGGAGGAGGCGAUGCGGCUCCUCUCCCCCACUGCCCAGGCUCCGCUCGCUGCUCCGUCGGCCCACGCCCGCAGCCGCCCGGGGGACACGAGCUGGUGGCGCUCUGCGCGCGCCCCGACGCCACGAACCCUCAGCCAGUAGCCGGACGGGCGCCCCCAGCGAGCGGGUAAUAUGCACGUGUCUUUGGCUGAAGCCCUGGAGGUUCGGGGUGGGCCACUACAGGAGGAAGAAAUAUGGGCUGUAUUAAAUCAAAGUGCCGAAAGUCUCCAGGAAUUAUUCAGAAAAGUAAGCAUAGCAGAUCCUGCUGCCCUGGGAUUCAUCAUCUCCCCAUGGUCUCUGCUGCUGCUGCCUUCAGGCAGUGUGUCCUUCACCGAUGAGAGCAUCUCCAAUCAGGACCUUCGGGCCUUCACUGCACCAGAGGUUCUCCAGAAUCAGUCACUCACUUCUCUCUCAGACGUCGAAAAGAUUCAUAUUUAUUCUCUUGGAAUGGCAUUGUAUUGGGGGGCUGAUCAUGAAGUACCUCAGAGCCAACCCAUAAAGCUCGGCGAUCACCUCAACAGCAUCCUGCUGGGUAUGUGUGAGGACGUCGUGUAUGCCCGGGUGUCUGUGCGCACAGUCCUGGAUGCUUGUAGUGCUCACAUCAGGAACAGCAACUGUGCGCCUUCCUUCUCCUAUGUGAAGCAGUUGGUAAAGCUGGUGCUGGGAAAUCUCUCUGGGACAGAUCAACUUGCCCGCAACAGUGAGCUGAAGCCUGAUCGAAGCCAAGCUAUUCGAGACCGAUUGAGAGGGAAAGGAUUGCCAACAGGAAGAAGCUCUACAUCUGAUGUUCUAGACAUACCCAAGUCUCCAUUCUCCCAUCAGACUUUUUUUAACAAAGGGCUUAGUAAAUCUAUGGGAUUUCUGUCCAUCAGAGACACACACGAUGAAGAUUAUUUCAAGGACCCCUUAUCAGACAAUAAUUCAGGACCUGAAGAUUCUGAAAACCCCUGCUCCCACUACCAGUUUAAAACCAGUAGCCCAGGAAAAAAAGUCACCCCUGCCAUCGAUACGCUUCCUAAAAAGAAAAUUUGGGCUUCAUCCUUGGACCUGCUUUGCACAGCUGACAGGGACUCCUCUUCUGGAGAGACCACCAGGUACAGACAUGGUCUCCCUGAGGCCACUGCCGUGCGGACUUGCAUCACCCCUAGAAAGAAGGAGGCAAGAUAUUCCGACGGAAGCAUAGCCCUGGAUAUCUUUGGCCCCCAGAAAAUGGACUCCACACUCCACUCACGAGAACUGCCCGCCUCCUCGGCAAUAUCAAGUGCUUUGGACCGGAUCCGAGAGAGACAAAAGAAACUCCAGGUUCUGAGAGAAGCCAUGAAUGUGGAAGAACCAAUUAGAAGAUAUAAAACUUACAACAGUGAUAUCUUUAGCACCUCAAGUGAAAGUCCAUCUAUUAUUUCUUCGGAAUCAGAUUUCAGACAAGUGAGAAAAAGUGAAGCUACAAAGAGAUUUGAAUCCAGCAGUGGUCUCUCUGGAGUAGAUGAUACCCCAACACAGGGCCAGUCACAGAGAUCAAGCAGACAAUAUGAAACACCACUGGAAGGCAACUUAAUUAACCAAGAAAUCAUGCUCAAAAGGCAAGAAGAAGAAAUGAUGCAGCUGCAGGCCAGAAUGGCCCUUCGCCAAUCUCGUCUGAGCCUCUAUCCAGGAGACACCAUCAAAGCUUCCAUGCUGGACAUCACCAGAGACCCCUUGCGGGAGAUGGCCCUGGAGACAGCCAUGACGCAGAGAAAACUGAGGAAUUUCUUCGGCCCAGAAUUUGUGAAAAUGACAAUUGAACCUUUUAUAUCACUGGAUCUGCCUCGGUCUAUCCUUACCAAGAAAGGGAAGAAUGAGGAUAACCGAAGAAAAGUGAACAUCAUGCUUUUGAGUGGGCAGAGACUGGAGCUGACCUGUGAUACCAAGACGCUGUGUAAAGAUGUGUUUGAUAUGGUUGUGGCCCACAUUGGCCUAGUGGAGCACCAUUUGUUUGCCUUAGCCACCCUCAAAGAUAAUGAGUAUUUCUUCAUCGAUCCUGAUUUAAAAUUAACCAAAGUAGCCCCAGAGGGAUGGAAAGAAGAACCAAAGAAAAAGAGCAAAGCUGCUGUUCACUUUACUCUGUUUUUCCGAAUUAAAUUUUUCAUGGAUGACGCUAGCCUGAUACAGCACGCGCUGACCUGUCACCAGUACUACCUCCAGCUGCGGAAAGACAUCCUGGAGGAGAGGGUGCACUGCGACGACGAGACUUCUCUGCUGCUGGCGUCCUUGGCGCUCCAGGCUGAGUAUGGAGAUUACCAGCCAGAGGUUCAUGGGAUGUCAUAUUUUAGAUUGGAACAUUACUUACCUCCCAGAGUGAUGGAGAAACUUGAUUUAUCCUAUGUUAAAGAAGAGUUACCCAAAUUGCAUAAUACCUAUGUGGGAGCUUCUGAGAAGGAGACAGAGCUAGAAUUCUUAAAGGUUUGCCAAAGACUGACAGAAUAUGGAGUUCAUUUUCAUCGGGUGCACCCUGAGAAAAAGUCCCAAACUGGAAUAUUGCUUGGAGUCUGUUCCAAAGGUGUCCUUGUGUUUGAAGUUCACAAUGGAAUUCGCACAUUAGUCCUUCGAUUUCCAUGGAGAGAAACCAAGAAGAUUUCUUUUUCUAAAAAGAAAAUCACCCUGCAGAACACCUCAGACGGAAUAAAGCAUGCCUUCCAGACAGACAAUAGUAAGGUAUGCCAGUAUCUGCUCCAGCUCUGCUCUGCCCAACACAAGUUCCAGCUGCAGAUGAGAGCCCGGCAGAGCAACCAGGACACGCAGGACAUUGAGAGAGCUUCGUUUAGGAGCCUGAACCUGCAAGCAGAGUCCGUUAGAGGAUUUAAUCUGGGACGCGCCAUCAGCACUGGCAGUCUGGCCAGCAGCACCCUCACCAGGAUGGCCGUGCGACCCCUGUCAGUCCAGGCCGAGAUUCUCAAGAGGUUGUCCUGCUCGGAGCUGUCGCUCUACCAGCCCCUACAGAGCGGUGCCCGGGAGAAGAGCGACAGAGCCUCCUGGGAGGAAAAGCCUAGAGGGAUGAGUAAAUCCUACCACGAUCUCAGUCAGGCCUCUCUGUAUCCUCACCGGAAGAAUGUCGUUGCUUCCGAGGAGCCCCCAGCACCCACCGUGGCAGCAGAGUUGGCAGGAAAGCAGGUGCAGCUGACGGCCAGGGCUGGCACCGAGCCUCAGGCAGGAGGCACGAAGCUUCAUGAUUCAAAGUCUGUGGCGAGUUUAAAUAGAAGCCCUGCAAGGAGGAAGCAGGAAUCAGACUCCUCAGCCUUAGAAGACCCUGGCCAAGAAUAUGUCAUAGGAAUGGCUUUGCAUAAUUCUGGAAAUUCUUCAUCCCAAGUACCCUUAAAAGAAAAUGCAGAUGUGCUUCACAAGAGAUGGAGCAUCGUUUCCUCACCAGAAAGGGAAAUCACCUUGGUGAACCUGAGAAAGGAUGCAAAGUAUGGCUUUGGAUUUCAAAUUAUCGGUGGAGAGAAGAUGGGAAGACUGGAUCUAGGUGUGUUUAUUAGUUCAGUUACACCUGGAGGACCAGCUGGCCUGGAUGGAUCUAUAAAGCCAGGAGACCGUCUAAUAUCUGUAAACAGCGUGAGUCUGGAGGGGGUCAGCCACCACGCUGCAGUGGAGAUUUUGCAAAAUGCCCCUGAAGAUGUGACUCUUGUCAUCUCUCAGCCAAAGGAGAAGCUGUCCAAAGCGCCUGCUACACCUGUACACGUUGCCAACAGCAUGAAGAACUACCUGAAGAAAGCCUCCUACCUGCAGGAUGGUGCCGUGGACCCCCCUCCUGAGGAUCUCCAGUGGCCACGAGGUACCCCCAGACUCAUCACAGAGAGCUCCUUCGGGCUGCCUGGGGGCCUGCGGGAAGGAAGCCUGAGUUCCCAAGACUCCAGGACUGAGAGUGCCAGCUUGUCCCACAGCCAGGUCAACGGUUUCUUUCCCGGCCAAGUAGGUGACCGGAACUGGCAGGACUCACCACAUGGCAGCCCUUCCCCAUCUGUAAUAUCCAAAGUCACUGAGAAGAGGACUUCCGUUGACAGUAACCAAAACAAAGUUCAAAAGCCUGGUGUUUCCGACAUACCAGAUUACUCUGACCGGGGAGACUCAGACAUGGAUGAAGCCACUUAUUCCAACAGCCAGGAUCAUCAAACACCAAAAAAGGAAUCUUCCUCCUCAAUGAAUACAUACAACAAAAUGAAUUUUAAAACUUUUCCUUCAUCACCUCCUAACCCUGGAGAUAUCUUUGAGGUUGAACUGGCUAAAUAUGAUAACAGCUUGGGGAUAAGUGUCACGGUACUGUUUGACAAGGGAGGUGUGAAUACCAGUGUCAGACAUGGCGGCAUCUAUGUGAAAGCUGUUAUACCCAAAGGAGCAGCAGAGUCCGAUGGUAGAAUUCACAAAGGUGACCGCGUCUUGGCAGUGAAUGGGGUCAGUCUGGAAGGGGCCACCCAUAAGCAAGCUGUGGAAACACUGAGAAAUACAGGACAGGUGGUUCACCUUUUGUUAGAAAAGGGACAGACUCCAGCAUCCAGAGAACAUGUCCCCAUGACUCCGCAGUGCACCCUUCUGAGUUCAGAGGGCCCCACUCAAUCCUCAGAAAAAGGGGUGAAGAAAACGACACAUGUCAAAGAUUAUAGCUUUGUCACUAAAGAGAAUACAUUUGAAGUAAAGCUAUUUAAAAAUAGCUCAGGCCUGGGGUUCAGUUUUUCUCGAGAAGAUAACAUUACACCUGAGCAAGUGAACACUAGCAUUGUAAGGGUGAAGAAGCUUUUUCCAGGCCAGCCAGCAGCAGAAAGCGGGAAAAUUGAUGUGGGAGAUAUCAUCCUGAAAGUGAACGGAGCCUCUUUGAAAGGACUGUCUCAGCAGGAGGUCAUCUCUGCUCUCAGGGGGACAUUGCCAGAAGUAUCUUUGCUGCUCUGCAGACCUCCAGCAGGUGCACUGCCAGAAAUCGAUACUGCUCUUUCGACCCCACUGCAUUCUCCUGCACGAGCACUUCCCAGCAGCAGUAAAGAGCCUUCUCAGUCAGCUCGAGUGGAGCAAGGGCCUAGCUCAGAUGAAAAUGAACUGGCUGACAAAAACAGGACACCCUGCACAUCCCCAGCAAGGAGAGACAGCUACAGUGACAGCAGUGGCAGUGGAGAAGAGGACUUCGUGAAAGCUCCUACCAGUGUCCCCAAUCUGAACUGGAGCUCGAGUUUGCAUCAAACUCUCAACAACAUGAUGGCAUCUCACGGGCAGAGUCUACACGGUGCACCUGUGAGUCCAGAAGACGCCAUAGCGGCCAUGUUCUACUGUCCUCAGAAAAUGCCCAGCAAGCCAGGCUUUGAGGACAGUAAGCCCCGUUCCCAGCUACUACUGGACAUGAUGCCUAGACAGAGUGGUCAUCCCCCAUCAGCACCUACUUCCUCAAAUUCAGUGGACAGCUGUCACUUGAUUCACACUCCUGAGCCACCUAGACAGGAAAGCUUAACAUCUUCAAAAAAUGACCUGGAGAACUGCCUUGAAGACUUUGAACUGGAAGUAGAACUUCUUAUCACCCUCACUAAAUCGGAAAAAGGAAGCCUGGGUUUCACAGUAACCAAAGGCAACCAGAGUAUUGGCUGCUACGUUCAUGAUGUCAUUCAGGAUCCAGCCAGAGGUGAUGGGCGGCUCCGACCUGGCGACCGGCUCAUUAAGGUUAAUGAUACAGAUGUGACAAACAUGACUCACACAGAUGCUGUGAAUCUGCUCCGAGCUGCACCCAAAACAGUCACACUAGUUCUGGGACGAAUUCUAGAAUUACCCAGAAUACCAGUGCUUCCACAUUUGCUCCCUGAGAUCACAUUCAAGUGCAACACAGAGGAGCUGGGCUUUUCUUUAUCUGGGGGCCAUGGCAGCCCUCAGCAAGUAGUCUACAUUAGUGACAUCAUCCCGGGGUCAGCGGCAGCCACGGAGGGCAAUCUCCAGCUGUUAGAUAUCAUCCACUAUGUGAAUGGAGUCAGCACACAGGGAAUGACCUUGGAAGAAGCGAGGAGGAUGCUAGGCAUGUCCCUCCCUUUAGUGAUGCUGAAAGCAACAAGAGAUGGUCAUCCAGUGGUCCCCAUCAAUCCCAAGAAGUGUGCUCUUACAACUCCAAAGUCAACUGAAGCUAAUGGUGAUCACACUGUGAAGUCUUGUAGAAAGCCUGCCCUCACUCCAAAGAAUUCUUUCUCCAAAGUUAAUGGGGAAGAAAUAACUGAAGUCUUGUGUCCUGAAGACAGAUGUUCUACUUACCAGAUGAAGGCAUCCGAAAACUUGAUUCUGUACAAAGAAUCUGAUGGGCAAGAAGAUGACAUUUAUGAUGACCCUCAAGAGGCAGAAGUCAUCCAGUCUCUGCUCGCUGUUGCGGAUGAGGAAGCCCAGAAUCUCUUAAAUCGAAGCAAUGCAAUAGGAGGCGCCAGUGAUCCAGGGGCAUUGAAGACCAAUGGGGAGUUAUCAGAAGAGAGAGCAGAAGAUACAGAUUAUGACGGUUCACCUCUGCCUGAAGAUUUUACAGAGUCUACCAAAAUUAAUGGCACUGAAGAAUAUUGUGAAGAAAAAGUAAAAAGUAAAAGUCAAAUUCAAGAGUCACAAGAAAAGAAGAUGGAUGAUGAGGAUGAAGUAACUUGGGGGAGUGAAGAGCUUCCAAUAGAGGCAACAAACCAUGAAGGUUCUGACCAUCUGUUCCUGACAGUUGAAGAGCUUGCUGCGCUCCCCGUGGUCAAAGUGCUUCCCUCUGGUAAAUACACUGGAGCCAGUCUGAAAUCAGUCAUUCGACUGCUGCAGGGUUUGCUGGAUCAAGGAAUUCCUUCCAAGGAGCUGGAGAAUCUUCAAGAAUUAAAACCUCUGGAUCAGUGUCUAGUUGGACAAACUAAGGAAAACAGAAGAAAGAACCGAUAUAAAAACAUACUUCCUUAUGAUGCGACCAGAGUGCCUCUUGGUGACGAAGGGGGCUAUAUCAACGCCAGCUUCGUCAGGAUCCCUGUGGGAGGCGAGGAGUUCGUUUACAUCGCCUGCCAAGGGCCUCUCCCUAUAACAGUUGGAGAUUUCUGGCAGAUGAUCUGGGAGCAGAAAUCCACAGUGAUUGCCAUGAUGACCCAAGAAGUCGAAGGGGAAAAAAUCAAGUGCCAGCGCUACUGGCCAAACACUCUGGGCAGAACCACCAUGGUCAACGACAGGCUCCGGCUGGCUCUGGUGAAAAUCCAGCAGCUGAAAGGCUUUGUCAUGAGGGCAAUGACCCUGGAAGACAUUCAGACUGGAGAGGUGCGACACAUCUCCCACCUAAACUUCACUGCCUGGCCAGACCACGACACACCCUCUCAGCCGGAUGACCUGCUCACCUUCAUCUCCUACCUGCGCCACAUCCACAGGUCAGGUCCUGUCAUCACGCACUGCAGUGCUGGCAUCGGGCGUUCAGGAACCCUGAUCUGCAUAGAUGUGGUCCUGGGCCUCAUCAGCCAAGACCUUGAAUUUGACAUCUUCGAUGUAGUCCGCUGUAUGAGACUACAAAGACAUGGAAUGGUUCAGACAGAGGAUCAAUAUAUUUUCUGCUAUCAAGUCAUCCUUUAUGUCCUAACACGUCUUCAAGCUGAAGAAGAGCAAAAAGAGCAACCCCUGCUGCUGAAGUGACUUGAACAGCCUCCUGGGAACCAUUCGUUUCUCUGCUUAGCCUCCUAUUGACGCCCCUGCCCUUUUUGGGAAAGGUCCCAGGGUAGAAAGUGCAUGUAACAAGAAUGCUGUUAUUCUCCUCCUCUACUUCAGAGGGGCAUUCUUCUUAAUAAUACAGAAUGUUACAAUGCUGUAAUUUCUUUUUUACAGCUACCUAACUUGUGAUAAUUAUUAUGAAAAGAUUUUUUUAACACUAACCGAACAAUGCAGAUAUUAGGGAUGGAUUAAGGCAGCAUUUGAUUAUAGUGGACAUUGUUACAAGAAAGUCUUAUUUUUAACGCACCAAUCUUGUUCAUAGCAAAAUUAUUUUCCAGUAUUUUCAUAAAGGAGAGUUCUUUUAUAGGGGAUACUUGAAGAACCAGUAUUUAAGCUUUAAAUGACAAUAAUAUUGGCAUAGAAGAAAAGUAGCAAGUGUUUACUGUAUCCAUUUUUACUGUUUACUAUAUAGAAUUUCCUGUAAUAUAUUUAUAUACUUUUUCAUGAAAAUGGAGUUAUCAGAUAUGUUUGUAAUUGCAUCAUCUCACUUUGUAAAUAAAAAUACACCUUAAAACGUGA